AUGGAUAUCUUAAAAGUAUUCUAUGUUCAGGUUCCUGCAUCUAUAAAUAGUAGACUUUUGGAACAUCAAAGAAUAGGGGUGAAGUUCUUGUAUAACUUGUAUAAGAACAACCAUGGAGGAGUUCUAGGAGAUGACAUGGGUUUGGGGAAGACCAUUCAAUCAAUUGCUUUCUUGGCUGCUGUGUAUGGGAAAAGUUCCGAGUCUGACUUAAUACAUCAAAAGGGAAAAGAAAUAGAGAAGGGCCCUGUACUAAUCAUCUGCCCCAGCUCCGUUAUUCUUAACUGGGAAAGCGAAUUUUCCAAAUGGUCCACAUUUAAAGUCUCUGUUUACCACGGAGCAAAUCGCGAUUUAAUAAUUGACAAACUAAAAGCACGCGGUGUUGAGAUUCUCAUAACAAGCUUCGACACUUUUCGAAUACAAGGAAGCGUUUUGUCGGAUAUCAUGUGGGAGAUUGUGAUUGUCGACGAGGCGCACAAGCUCAAGAACGAAAAGUCGAAACUUUAUUCAGCGUGUCUGAAGAUUCGAACAAUGAAGCGUUACGGUCUUACAGGUACUAUGAUGCAGAACAAAAUAAUGGAAUUAUUUAAUCUAUUCGACUGGGUCGUACCGGGUGGAUUGGGAUCACGCGAACAUUUUAGAGAAUUUUACGACGAACCUCUCAAGCACGGUCAGAGGUCAACUGCUCCCGAACAAUUCGUGAGAGUUGCCGAAGAGCGCAAACAGCACUUAGUGUCGGUUCUGCAGAAAUAUAUGCUUAGAAGGACAAAAGCGGAAACGAUAGGGCAUCUUAUGAUGGGGAAGGAAGAUAACGUUGUGUUUUGUGCUAUGAGCGAGUUUCAAAAACGGGUUUAUCAGAGGACACUGCUUUUGCCGGAUAUCCAAUGCCUUGUUAACAAGGACCUUCCAUGUAGUUGUGGAAGCCCUCUCAAACAAGUCGAGUGUUGCAAAAGAAUAGUUCCGGAUGGUUCUAUUUGGCCUUAUCUUCAUAAGGACAAUCCGGAAGGUUGUGAUUCUUGCCCCUUUUGCUUGGUUCUCCCUUGCUUGGUUAAACUCCAACAGUUAAGCAAUCACCUGGAGCUUAUAAAGCCUAAUCCAAAAGAUGAUCAAGAUAAACAAAGAAAAGACGCAGCAUUUGCUGCAGCUGUAUUUGGUACUGAUGUUGAUUUAGUUGGAGGUAGUUCCCAGAACGACAGUUUCAUGGGCAUGAGUGAUGUUAAGCACUGUGGGAAAAUGCGAGCUUUGGAGAGAUUAAUGCACUCUUGGAUUUCUAUGGGUGACAAGAUUCUUCUCUUCAGUUAUUCAGUCAGAAUGCUGGAUAUACUUGAAAAGUUCAUUAUACGUAAAGGCUAUAGCUUUUCAAGACUUGAUGGUUCCACUCCAACUGGUCUGCGUCAAUCUCUCGUCGAUGACUUCAACUCAAGUCCAAGUAAACAGGUGUUCCUCAUUUCAACUAGAGCUGGUGGGCUUGGGCUAAAUCUUGUGGGUGCGAACCGGGUUGUAAUAUUUGACCCGAAUUGGAACCCUGCUCAGGAUAUGCAGGCACAAGACCGGUCAUUUAGAUUUGGUCAGAAACGGCACGUAACUGUUUUUCGUCUUCUUGCUGCUGGUUCUCUUGAGGAACUUGUUUACACGAGGCAAGUAUAUAAGCAGCAGCUUUCAAAUAUUGCUAUUUCUGGCACAAUGGAAAAACGAUAUUUUGAAGGUGUACAGGAUUGCAAGGAGUUUAAGGGUGAGCUAUUUGGCAUCUCUAAUUUGUUCCGUGACCUUUCUAACGAGCUCUUCACUAGUGAGAUUGUAGAAUUCGGCGAGAAGCAAAACCAUAGCAAUCAUUGUGCAAAGCUCGAUUUGACUGAUUUUGGAAUCUCUUUUGAUUCUCACGAGAACGAAAUAAGUGCUUCUGAACUUAGUGAGCCCAAAGAUAAGAGAGAAACAAGAGUGAAUCCAAUUCUUGAAGAUCUAGGUGUUGUAUAUGCUCAUCGAAAUGACGAUAUAGUCAACUUUGGAUCUCGGAUUGUAGAAGGAAAAGCGGUCGAACAUUUGAAGGAAGAUGAAGAGAGAAAAGAACCAGAUAAUACAAGCGGUGCAGUUUCAGCGAAGGAGAACUGCGAUGAUUCAUCGAAGAGAAGAAAAACCGAACAAUGUAGCCUUCUUGCACUGCUGAUGGGUAUGGACGAGGUUGAACUAAACAAAUUAUUACUUUCGGAACCUCCUUCGUAGGGUCAACUUAUUUGAUAUAUUGUGUGUGUAUAGUGUGUGUAUAUAAUGUCAUGGAUAUUGAGAUAUACAUGUAAUGUAUAUAGUGUAAAUGUGUUUCUUAUAUUUGAUUUUUUUUUUUCUUCUAAAA